UUUUAGUCCGGCUUCAAAUGCUUCAAUUUAUUAUCCUAAAUAAUACACUCAAUAUUUGUGAUUCAUUAUGAUAACAAAUAGUAAUUAAGUAGGCGGGCAUAUUAUUAGAUUACUUGAUAAAUUCUUGUAAAAACAAAUUAGGGAAGAUAAUUAAUUAUAACUUGCUUAACUAUGAAGUUAUGUUUGUUCAUUUUAGUAUCAUUUGCAUUGUACUGCUCAUCUGAAUCUAGCAAUAUUCAAAAUCAUUUAGGGUCACGUACCCCUUACCGACUUAAAGGAAACAAAAAUGAUUCUCAAAUUAAAUAUCCAAAUUGUAAGGACUCAAAAAUAUGGAUGGUAAUAAGACAUGGAACAAGAUAUCCUAAUGCUAAGGAUAUAACAAAAAUAAAUACACGAUUAAAAGAGUUGAAGCUGGAGAUAUUACUGAGGCAUAGGCUUGGCAAAGGUGAGCUAUCCGAUGAACAAAUAAAAAAAAUCGAAAAUUGGACAUGGGACUUGGAUUUGGAAAAAGAAAAAUUCCUAACAUUAGAGGGACAAGAUGAAAUGAUAAUUUUAGCAGAAAGAACACGAAAACGAUUUCCGGGAGCUGUUAAAGAAAAAUAUAACAAUCAGACAAUCCUGUUUCGCUACACGGCAACACAAAGAGCACAACAAAGCGCAAGAUAUUUUGCAAAUGGGCUCUUUGACAAGAAGGAGGCCCAAGAUGUAUUAUUCUCUCCGGCGGCCAAAGUUGACACAGUUUUAAGGUUUUACAAACACUGUGACAAGUGGCAAAAGCAAGUAAAAAAGAAUCCAUUAACAUACACGGAACAAAAACUCUAUGGAAUUAGCAAAGAAAUGAAUGACACAAUUAAAUCGGUCACGAAAAGGCUUGGUCUAAAAAAUUUACUGAGCUUGGAUGACGUGAACUUAAUGUACAAAGCUUGCGGCUUUGAAACAUCAUGGAAUAAACAUUUCACAUCGCCCUGGUGUUACCCUUUUGAUGUCAGAAGUGUUCAGACAAUGGAAUAUUAUCAGGAUUUGAAAUAUUAUUGGAUGGACGGAUACGGUCACGAUUUGACUUACCGCCAGGCUUGCGUCUCCAUCAAGAAUAUGUUUGAGAAUUUUAGUUCAAAAGGAGGUCCCAGCGCUUCAUUCCUGUUCACACAUUCCGGAACGAUAUUAAAAAUAUUAACGCAUUUGGAACUUUUCAAGCCACGGUCGCACUUGAGAGGCGACAAAAACGUACCGGACAGAACUUGGAGGGCUUCGGACAUUGAUUGCUUUGGAGCUAAUCUAGCGCUGGUUUUGUACAGAUGUAAAGGUGUAGACUACGUGCUUGCGUUGCAUCAAGAGCGCGUCGUCAAACUGCCGAUGUGCGAAAAAGAGCUUUGUCCAUUAAAAACGCUAAAGGAAUAUUUUCAUAAAUCGAUUUACGAAUGCGAUUACACCGACAUGUGCAGUUUGAAGAAGGACGAUCUAUAGACCGUGACGAAAAGGAAAAUGCUUUAAAAAAAACAACGCAACUGCUUAAUCAAAUCUCAAAAAUAUUAAAACGUUGAAUGAAUUGGAGAAGUCGAAGGAACCAAUAAAAAUUUUCAAGACCUGUAUUUUGUUUGAUUAUUUUAAAAAAAAUUGUA